GCGGACCCUCUUCAUUAAGUGGUGGAGCUGCUGUGCGAGCGUUGAUGGAUUUUAAACAUUUUGCUGAACAUUGUUCCGUGAUGAACCAGCGACGCCACUUGUCCGCUUUUCUGUUUUUGUGGAUCUGCCUUGGAGCAGAAGUAGGUAUGACACAAGAGCAUACGGAAGAGGUUGGAUCAUCCAUUUCAAGCAGUGCUUCUUCCAGUACAUCCUCUCAUUUAUUCAGUAUGACACAAUUGCCGUCCACGUCGACAAGCAAAAUCACAUCUGCUCUGCCGACAAACACAAAUAAUCCAUUUAGCUCAUCGGUGAACAGCACGUCCAGCCCAUUGGCAAACGGCAUGUCCAGCCCAUUGGCAAACGGCAUGUCCAGCCCAUCGGUGAACAGCACGUCUGCUCCAUCAUUGAACAGUACAUCCAGCCCAUCGGUGAACAGCACGUCCAGCCCAUCGGUGAACAGCACUUCAAGCCCAUCGGUGAACAGCACGUCCAGCCCAGCGGUGAACAGCAUGUCCAUUCCAACAUUGAACAGUACAUCCAGCCCAUCGGUGAACAGCACGUCCAGCCCAUCGGUGAACAGCACUUCAAGCCCAUCGCUGAACAGCACGUCCAGCUCAUCGGUGAACAGUACGUCCAGCUCAUCGGUGAACAGCACGUCCAGCCCAUCGGUGAACAGUACGUUCAGCCCAUCGGUGAACAGUACGUCCAGCCCAUCGGUGAACAGUACGUCCAGCCCAUCAGUGAACAGCACAUCCAGCUCAUCGGUGAACAGUACGUCCAGCCCAUCGGUGAACAGCAUGUCUGCUCCAACAUUGAACAGUACAUCCAGCCCAUCAGUGAACAGCACGUCUAGCCCAUCGGUGCACAGUACGUCCAGCUCAUCGGUGAACAGCACGUCCAGCCCAUCACUGAACAGCACGUCCAGCCCAUCGGUGAACAGCACGUCCAGCCCAUCGGUGAACAGCACGUCCAGUGCAACGGUGAACAGCACGUCCACCCCAUCGGUGAACAGCACGUCCAGCCCAUCGGUGAACAGCACGUCCGGCUCUUCGGUGAACAGCACGUCCAGCCCAUCGCUGAACAGCACGUCUGCUCCAACAUUGAACAGUACAUCCAGCCCAUCAGUGAACAGCACGUCCAGCCCAUCGGUGAACAGCACGUCUGCUCCAACAUUGAACAGUACAUCCAGCCCAUCGGUGAACAGUACGUCCAGCUCAUCGGUGAACAGCACAUCCAGCCCAUCGCUGAACAGCACGUCCAGCCCAUCGCUGAACAGUACGUCCAGCCCAUCGGUGAACAGUACGUCCACCCCAUCGGUGAACAGUACGUCUAGCCCAUCGGUGAACAGUACGUCCAGCCCAUCGGUGAACAGUACGUCCAGCCCAUCGGUGAACAGCACGUCCAGCCAAUCGGUGAACAGUACGUCCAGCCCGUCGGUGAAUAGUACGUCCAGCCCAUCGGUGAACAGCACGUCUAGCCCAUCGGUGAACAGCACGUCCAGCCCAUCGGUGCACAGCACGUCCAGCUUAUCGGUGAACAGCACGUCCAGCUCAUCGGUGAACAGCACGUCCAGCCCAUCGGUGAACAGCACGUCCAGCCCAGCAGUGAACAGCACGUCCAGCCCAUCGGUGCACAGCACGUCCAGCUUAUCGGUGAACAGCACGUCCAGCUCAUCGGUGAACAGCACGUCCAGCCCAUCGGUGAACAGCCGGUCCAUUCCAACAUUGAACAGUACGUCCAGCCCAUCGGUGAACAGUAUGUCCGCUCCAUCAUUGAACAGCACGCCCAACCCAUCGGUGAACAGCACGUCCAGCCCAUCGGUGAACAGCACGUCCAGCCCAUCGGUGAACAGCACGUCCAGCUCAUCAGUGAACAGCACGUCCAGCUCAUCGGUGAAGAGCACAUCCAGCCCAUUGGUGAACAGCACGUCUGCUCCAUCUUUGAACAGUACGUCCAGCCCAUCGGUGAACGGUACAUCCAGCCCAUCAGUGAACAGCACGUCCAGCCCAUCGUUGAACAGUACUUCCAAAAGUACAACCCCUAUCAGAACCUCCUUUACUACUCCAGGAAAUAUGAACCUCACUACAAUUUUUAAUGUCUCAUCCACAAUACAGCCAAAUAAUACUGCAACAUCUAGUGGACUCUUUACAACUUUUUCCAGUGAAAGGACAAUGGUGUCUGUCACAAGCUCAAAUAAUACAGUACAUCCAACUCUCUCUGCCACGACAGCUGGUAUUAACACUACAAGCACCAUGUUCACAGAAAACAGGUCAACAGUCAAAAUGUCAACCAGUUCUAUUUUGACUAAUCAAUCUACAACCUCUUUUCCGAUGAGUUCUACAGUUGCUUCCAAUACGACCAGUACAAUCUCUACGAACAUUAGUGGAGUACCCCCCAGGACCACGACUGUCAUUUCAACACCAAUUCCUUUGCCAGACUCUACUGCUUCUAAAGUGACCUUGACAUCACUUGCAACCACACAAGGGCCUGCCAAUGCCACCAUCAGCCACAGCACCAGACCACUGACAAACACUGCUGUUCUGAACUCCUCAACUACUCAGCAGCUCAGUAACACUAUUCCAACUGGCAAUUCAGCAUCUGGCACAACAACUAGAUACGUAACCACAAGUGAUAUGCAGUCAAGCCGUGCCUCAGUGUCCACUGUGCUGACAACCAUGAGGACCACCACUAAGACGUCAAUUGCCACAGCAACCCCAACAUCAAAUUUCAAUAUAACUUUCAGAAUUGUCAACAAGGUUUUUAAUAACAGCUUGGAAGAUGAAACUUCUCCACAAUUCAAGAAGUUGCGCAAUGAAGUUAUUGAAGCGCUGAGAAUUGCUUACGGUUGUUCUACAUGCUCCCUCCAUUCAUCAUAUGAGGGUUCCGAAGUUCUAAGUUUCACGAAAGGGUCAGUCAUCACUGAAACUAAAUCUACCUUCAUCUCUGAUGCCUCUGUAAACCAGGGCACAGUUGAGAAACAGUUUAAGGAUGCCUUAAGGAAUUAUACAAUCAACAAUCUAGUGGUCAGAGAUAUAGAAGUGAAUGAGAUGAAACCUGUUGUCAGCACAACCACAACUUCCCAGCCUCCACCUGUGCCUGGCUGGGGCAUUGCUCUUCUGGUCCUUGUCUGCGUUAUUCUCCUGUUGAUCAUCAUCAUCAUCCUUCUCAUUAUAAUCUACCUGUGUCGCCGCAGAAGUCAUGGAAAGUUUGAAGAGUUUGGUUCUCGAGGAUCAUACUACCCAAUGGCUGAUCGGAGUGAUUACCCACAAUACAUGACUCAUAGCAGGUUCACAGCACCUAAUGGCAAGCAGAACUCCUACAAUCAGGUAUCUGGGAAUGGCACAAACAUGUACUCGUAUACCAAUCCUGCUGCAGAGUCAGAUAACCUAUGAGCACAUCAGAAGGAAGAUUACAUGUGGAAAGCUGCCUCGGAUUCAAACUCAAAAUAGGGCAGUUAUGAAGCUUAAUUUUAACUCUGUUCUGUCAUUUUAAAAAAAAAUCAAAGAAAUGCUCUUUCAGGGAAAGUGCUGGAUCUCCUCCACUGCCAAUACACACUACAGAUUAGAUAUGAAAGAAAUGAGUGGGCAUAUGGUGCAUGAUGAAUUCACUGCAUGUACACACAAUUAAAUGCCCAAUAUAAUAUUUUAGGAGAUGGGUCAAUUUUGCUUGGAUGAGUUAGUCAAAUUUAAUUUGAGCAAACUAUAUGCACAAACGAUCAUGUACACAUUGCUUCUAAGACAAGUUAGCUUCUGAAGUUUGGAUUACUUUGGUAAAGCAGGAGGUGAGGCUGCAGCUGUUGUCAAACUGACUGCAAUCUUUUAACCUAGUCUGAAACAAUGAUCUUACUUUAAAUACACACCCUGCUUAGUACUAAUAAUUAGUGCUAAAUAUCCUGUUUAAGAGGUGCUGUUUUGCCACUGCACCUUCAAUUGAAAGUCCAUCCAUAUUGCCAUCCAUGAUGCUGGAAGAAUAUACAGCAUCCAAACACCUUUCAAGUCUGUUGAAUUUUGACUUGGAGUUAACAGCUAAUUUUUCAUCAGCUCCACAUGUAAACCCCACAAACAGAUUACUUUUCCUACUGUUCAAUGAACAGGAAAGAAGCAUUCUAUUGUUACAUAAUUACGUGCUGCUUAUCUCCUAAUACUAAUUCUCACACGAUAUGCCAAACCAUAUAUAGAUAUGCAAACAAUUAUUUAUGGUCAGAGUUGCAUAAUAACAGUAGUAAAUUUCCAUUACUUGGAAAAGAAUCUCUUUGUCUCACUGCCUGUUCUCCCCUGCUAUUGCUAAGAUCCCUUUGGCCUAUGUUUGAACAAAGACAAACAAAAAGACUGGAAAAACUCAGCAGAUCAGGCACCAUCUCCGGAGAGAAACAGUUAAGUUUUAGUUCUGAUAAAAAUUUAGUGACCUGAAAUAAUGUAAAGAUUUUCCUCUCCUUAGCACGAUCGAGAAGGGCAAAUAAUUGGGUGGGUUGACACCAAGGAGAGAUCCAUCUGUGUCCCACCGCAGAAAUUUAAGUUCUGGUCAGAAGACCUGUCGUUGACCAUCUGAUCUGCUCAUUAUUAAGGUCCUUAGGUAGUCAAUGAUUGACCACAUAGGGCCUGAGCAGGCCCCAGCACUCCUGGUUGGCUAGAAAAGUGACAGCCUUCCUGACUCUGACAACAGGACAGUCUGCCUAAUGGAGAGUGUGUGUGUGUGUGUGUGUGUGUGUGUGUGUGUGUGUGUGUGUGUGUGUCUCCUAGGCAACGCUUUUGCUUCUUUCCAAAGAUGCUACCUGACCAGCGAAGUUUUACCAGGGUUCUUUUAUUCUUAUUUCAGAUUUCCAACAUCUGCAGUAUUUAUUUUUGUAUGUUUCAAUAAAGUUGUGCCUGGCAAUGCCUGUGGCUGGGUUAUAAUUUUCCUUACCUUAUUUCUGCCAACAGAAUCCAAUAAUUCUUUCAGAGGCAUGCAAACAAAUUUAAAGCAACUAGCCUUCAAAAUGUUUUUUCCUCAUUAAAAGUUUUUUCUUUUUCUUUCAGCCCCCUUGUGUUUUCACUUAAUGUUCCUAUUGUCGUUGAUAAAUUCAUAGAUUUAUACAGUGCAGAAAAGGCCCUUCAGCCCAUCAAGUCUGCACCAACGUAAUUACCACUAAAAACACGCUAAUCCAAUUUUCCUGCGCUUGUCUCAUAUUCUUGAAUGUUACGAUAUUUAAAGUGCUCAUCCAGAUAUUUUUUAAAGGUUGUAAGGUUCUCAGCCUCUACUACCUUCUCAGGCAGUACAUUCCAAAUUUCUACCACCCUCUGAAUAAAAAAGAUUUUUUUCCUCCAAGUCUCCUCUAAAUCUCCUGUCCCUUAACCUAAAGUAUACCAUCUUGUGAUAGACCCCUCAACCAAGGGAAACAGCUGUUCUCUACUCAGCCUGUCCAAACCCCUCAUAAUCUUACAUACCUCAAUCAUGCCUCCCUUCAAUUGUUUCUGCUCUAGAGGAAACAAUCCAAGCAUAUCUAGUAUCUCCUUAAAGCUCAGUUUCUCCAUGCCAGACAACAUCCCUAGUGAACCUGCUCUGUACUAAGUGCUAUCACAUCCUUCCUGUGGUGAGGUGACCAGAGCUACACACAAUAUUCCAGCUGUGGCCUGGCUAACACUCUGUAUAACUCCAACAUUACCUCCUUGCUCUUAUACUCUAUGCCACAACUGUUGAAAGGAAGUGUCCCGUAUGCCUUCUUAACCAUCCUAUUCACGUGCUCUGCCGACUUCAGGGAUCUGUGAAUAAUUACUGUAAGAUCCCUCUGUUCCUCUAAGCUACCCAAUGUUCUGCCAUCCCUUAAAUACUCCCUCGUCUUGUUUCUUCCAAAGUGCAUCACCUCGUGGUUAUCAGGAUCAAAUACUAUCUGAAACGGCUCUGCUCAUCUGACCAACUCAUCUAUAGCUUCCUGUAACCUAUAACCAUCUUCUUCAUUCUUAACAAUUCUACCAAUUUUCAUGUCACUAGCAAAUUUUUUUAACAUUUCCCCCUACAUUUUCAUCUAUAUCUUUUAUGUAUAUAACUAACAAUAAGGGAUACUGAUCCUGGUGGUUCACCACUGGACACCAACCUGCAGUCAUUCAAACAGCCUUCUACCACUAUACUUGGUCUUAUUACUAUGCCAGUUUCUAAUCCAUCUUACCAAGUUUCCCAGAAUUCAGUUUCCAUGUGGGACCUUGUCAAAAUUUUUGCUAAAAUCCAUAUAAACCACAUCAGCUGAACUUUCCUCAAGCACACACUUAAUCACAUUUUAAAAAAUUUUAACAAACUUGUUAGGCAUGACCUCCCUCUGACAAAGCCAUGCUGACUAUCUUUAUUUAACCUAUGCCUUUCCAAGGGGUAUUAAGAUGCUCCUACCAAAUUUUCUCCAAUAGUUUCCCUACACCUAACAUGAGACUCACUGCUCUGUAAUUUCCUGGUUCAUCUCUGCCAUCCUGCUUAUAAAGUGGAAUCACAUUAGCUAUCCACCAGUCCUCUGGCAUCUCUCCCGUGGCCAGACAGGAGUUAAAAAUUUGUGCCAGAGCCCCUACAAUUUCCUACUUCGCCUCCCACAGGGAUGCAAUUCAUCCGGGCUGGGGAUCUGUCUGUUUUUAAGCUUGGCAGAGCCUUCAAUACCUCCCAUUUCCCAUGUCAAAUUGUGCAAGAUCCACACAGUCCCUCUUCCUGAAUUCCAUACCUAUGUUGUCUUUUCAAAGAUGAAACAUUUUCUCUUCACUUUUCCUCAUGCUCAGCCACGAAGGCUGUCGAUAAAACUUCAGUAACAAAACCUGUACUCUCAAUUUUGUUGUUGUAAUUGCUAAUGUCAAUUGAUUAGUACAAGCUUUAAUCCAGAAAAUGGGCGAGGAGGUGUGAGGAUGAACAAUAUGAGUUAACAAUGAGCACCAGCCCAAACACUGAAUGCCAGGUAUCACAUUUGAAUAUGUCUAUAAAUGUUCUUAUUCAGUCGAAGUUUUAUUUCUUUCUCAAGGAUGAUUUAUUGAGCUCUGGACCGACUGAUGUAAAACCAGCCACAUGAUGGACCUUUGAUUGUUUGUUGGCAAAUUGUAGUUUGUUGUAUGCCUGUGAAAUGCCUGUUUGUUAAUUUUAAAUGUAUAUUUUAAUUCUGCAGUCACUUUUUCUGCUGAGUUAGUAUAUGAAGGAGACUAUGAUAUAGAUAUGAGGGUGUUUUCUGGCAUAGUGGCCUUCAAGAUCACAAGAAUUCAAAGUUCACUCAGUGACCCAAGAUUACUCAUUGUGCUGGGAAUGUGUGCUGCAAGGGCAAAACUGACCAAGAAUAUGUACCUAGUAAAUGCAGCUCUCUAAUGAGUCCUUUUCCAAUUUGUGGACCUACACCUGAUUUAGCUGGAGACCAGUUCUAGAGACAGCUAGGGAUUAAAUAACUCUUUUGAAUUGUGGAGGCUCCCUGUCCAUGCCAGAGGGAAAAUUGCUCACAUGUAUCUCCCUGGUUAACUCUGGUAGAGUUACUGCAGUACACAGUAAAGUUAUCCCUCAAAGUCACCAAAAACGUCUGUUUAUUUUCAUUGUGCUUGCAAAAUUGUCAGUCAGAGUACAGAUUGAUUUGUAGACCCUUAAAGUUUCUACCUCCAAAGCUUUGGGAGCUAUACAAAGUAUUCAGUAUAAUAGUACAAGGCAAAUUUGUCUAAACCAGGUCAGGAAGGAGCUGGUUAAGAACAAAGCUUUAUCCAGACGAGUAAGAUGUUGUCACUGAGCCUUUUCACAAAGGAACAGUGUUAACAAUGUGACCGCAGGAUUACAAUAUAAACUACAAUUAAAUUCUUGUUUGAAAUGUUCGCUUUAUUGUGAUCAUCAAACCAUAGUGCUGUAACUUAAACCUAUUUAUUGUACAUCCACUGUAUGUAUGUGUGCGCAUGUGUGUUUUUGUGUAUCACUUUUGCUGUCACCUUCUGUAUUUUAAAUAAUUUGAUGCAUCACUAAUCAUAUUUAUAUCUCGUUCAAUAAAACUCCACUCCUAUCUGAGGACUGAAGCAUAUAUAUAAAGCAAAUACUUAUUAUUUUUGUAUUGAAAUCCUUUUCAUGGUAAAAUUGGUCCUAACUAUCACACGCUGCUUUUUAAGAUUUUUGGAACAUUGCCAAAUUCAUAAAAUAGAAAAUGUA